CGGAGUGCAGGUCACCACAUGGAGCCUCGUUUGCAUCCAGCGCGGGAACAGGACAGACAACCUGCUGGAGAGACAGAGAGACAGUCAGACAGGCUGACAGACAGACAGACAGGCUGACAGACAGACAGACAGACAGACAGGUAGGAGGAUGAAGGUGUAUUUCUGCGGGUCGAUCCGCGGCGGCAGAGAUGACGUGUUCGUGUACCGGAAGAUCGUAGAGAAGCUGCAGAGCUACGGGACCGUGCUGACCGAGCACGUGAGCAGCACCGAGCUCAGCGACAGAGGAGAGGACGCUGCAGCAGCAGGAGACCGAGCCAUCCAUGACCGAGAUGUGGACUGGCUGCGACAGUCUGACGUGGUCGUGGCGGAGGUGACGCAGCCGUCUCUGGGCGUCGGAUACGAGCUUGGCCGAGCUGUCGACAUGAAGAAGAAAAUCUUCUGUCUGUUCAGACCGUCGUCAGGACGACGUCUGUCUGCGAUGAUUCGAGGAGCUGAUGACGGCGAGCUGUUCGUGGUCAGAGACUACAGCGAGGACGAGGUGGAGAACGUUCUGGAAGAGUUCUUCAACAACCUCAAGAGAACCUGAACGUCGGAGAACAUCGAUCAAUAAAGUUCAAAGAAUCUGAAUAAA